AUGCACCACAGUCAACAACAGAACCAAUCACAAUCACCUAUAUCGCAACCACCGGUGCCCAUAUCGAUCACAAUAUGCGGUGACGGAGGUUGCGGUAAGUCGUCGAUAACUCUUCGACUAGUUCGGUCCCAAUGGACGUCCGAGUACGAUCCAACCAUCGAAGAUAGCUACAGCAUCACCCGGCGUAUUGAUGGCACCACCUACCACCUAUCGCUGACCGACACGGCGGGACAAGAGGAAUAUCGGGGCAUGUGGGCGUCGUCCAAUCUAAGUGCUGAUGCCUUCCUUCUUGUUUACGAUAUCACGUCUCUCGACAGCCUCGAUGCCUUAAACUAUUUCAACGACCUCAUAGACAUGGAGGCAGAAACACGCCUUGAUAAUGCAGCACGGGCACGGCGGGCCGGCCUGGGAGCGGGCGGGGGUGCGAGAAGAGGUAGUAUAGGGUUGGGAGGAGCCGGUAGCGGUGCAAGGACAAUACCACCGGUUAAGAUUGUAGCUGGUAAUAAGUGUGAUUUACAAGAGUCGCGGCAGGUGCCAGCGGCUCAGGGGCUCGAAUGGGCGCGGAAACGCGGUUGUGGUUUCAUGGAGACGAGUGCUCGGCUCGAGGUCAAUAUCGAAGAGACAUUCGCUCUCAUCGUCCGCCGAGUUGUCGAAAGCCGUCGCCUUGCUGAAAUGGGUGUCCUCGAUAAUACCGAUAUGGACCGCCGUGGCGUCACAAAACCUCUAACACCUCUCGGCGAUAACGAUGAUCGCGACAUGGAUAACGAAAAAACUGGGCGCUCAGGCUUGACAAGGGGCCCACGAUUUGGUGACGGUCAGAGAGUGGGCUUUGGAAGUAGGAGGGAUAGAUUCUGGAGAAGCUUACGGUGUUGGUAG